AUGUUGCAAAAAGCCUCUCUGGUUGCUUUCUUUAUUCUCGCUCUAACGGCAUCCUCUAGUGCUGAAGGUCUCUAUACCAAGAACUCCGGCGUCCUUCAAGUCGAUGGCUCAAGCUACAACAAGCUCGUUGCAAAGUCGAAUCAAGUAUCGCCAGAAUAUGAGAAAGCCGCGAAGGGCCUCAAAGAUCUUGCCCAAGUCGUCGCAGUCAAUUGUGACGAUGAGGCCAAUAAGGCAUUCUGUGGAAGCAUGGGUGUCCAAGGAUUCCCCACCCUCAAGAUUGUCAAGCCUUCGAAGAAACCAGGAAAGCCCAUAGUGGAAGACUACCAAGGACCCAGGACGUCAAGUGGCAUCGUUGAUGCUGUGAAGUCUUCCAUACCCAAUAAUGUUAAGAAGGUCACAGACAAGGGUCUGUCGGCGUUCUUGGAGAGCAACAAUGACACAGCCAAGGCCAUCCUUUUCAGUAAUAAGGGAACAACAAGCGCUUUAACCAAGGUUUUGGCUACAGAGUAUCUCGGAAGCAUGAAAUUCGCCCAGAUCCGGGACAAAGAGACUAAAGCUGUCGAGAUGUUCGGAGUCUCCGAAUAUCCAACGCUCAUUGUGUUGCCUGGAGGAACUGAGGAGCCGGCGAAGUUCGAAGGAGCGUACAAAAAGAAGGACAUGAAAGACUUCAUCAGUCAGUACGCCUCUUCGGACUCGAAGGCUUCUCCAGAGAAACAGAAGCCGAUGGGUAAGAAGCCUCAGAAAGCUUCCGAAGAAGAAGCAGCCGAGUCAAAAGAAGCCGCCUCAUCUUUCUCCGCGGCAUCAUCUUCGCAUGCUUCCGCCGAAGCUGCAGAAGCAGCAGCUGGAGCUACUUCAGUUACUCUUGAGGACGAAAGUAACCCUACCGAGUCUCCAGACCCAAUCGCCUCUCCUGACGCACCAAAGCCAGUAUUGGUUCACAAUAUGCCUGACCCAAUUCCAGCUCUCGUCGAAGAGAAGUACCUCCAAGAGAAAUGCCUUGGCCCAAAGACAUCGACUUGCAUACUCGCGCUGUUGCCCAACGUUGGAGACGACGAGGUCCUUCCUGAAUCCGCGAGCUCGGCUCUGGCAAGCUUAGCUGAAUUGGCGGACAAACACGUGAAACGGGAGAGCAAGCUGUUUCCCUUCUACUCUAUUCCUUCUAGGAAUACUGCAUCCGCUACUAUACGUGACGCGUUGAAGCUUGGAGAAGAAAAAGAUUUCGAGCUUGUGGCAGUCAAUGCGAGGAGGGGAUGGUGGAGACGUUACCCGGGCGAGAAAUUUGAUUUCCAUUCGGUAGAGAAUUGGGUGGACAACAUCAGAUUUGGGGAAGGCUCAAAAGAGGUGUUGCCGGAGGCGUUGCUAAGGAAAGAAGAAGAGGAACCAGCAGCCCCGGAGCAUGGCGAGUUGUAA